AUGAGUGAAGCAGCACUGGGAGGAUCGAAUAUUAAGACUGCAAUAGCUAUUUUAAAUUGUAUAUUAGCUCGACAACUUUGUUUCGAGGAUCCAUCAUGCUCAGCCAUCCUAGAGAUCAUUCCCCGCGUGUGCGGCCCCGUACCGGUGGCCUGCAGUACGGUGACGGUGACCAAGUGCCAGGCGGCACUGCGGACGCUUCAGGCGUUCCCGUUUUUCCGGCCGACCUGCCUGUGCAAGGAGCCGGGCAUCGAUCCGGACUGCAACUACUUUCGGGACUUCCUGUUCGAUCAUCCGUGCGGUUUCGUGUCUAAAAAGGAGAAAGACCCAUACCCGGUGGAUGCUCUGCCCACGUGCAAUCACGCGCUGUCCGUCUGCCAGCAGGAGCGAAAGUGCAUCAAACUAUUCGAGGACUUUAAGACGCACUGUAAGGUGCGGGAAAACAAGUGCCGCAUGGAGGAUAGGGAAUUGUGCUACGAAGCAUGGACUAAUCUCCGAUUAUCGCCGAUGUUUGGCUGUAUCUGUCCGAACAACCACAUGAAGCGCAGAUGUGAUAAAAUAUUUAGCGUUGUAAACCAUAAUCCCUGCGUUGUGCGAGCGAUGGGCAUGGACGAUAAUUAUCAUCGCUUGCUGGACCAAAACAUGGCGUUGAUCGACACCCCACUGGUAGCGCCCGCCCACGCGUACUUCCCGCAGCACUACAAGACGGCCCUGUAUCCGUACAACAUCUCCGGUUACCACCACCAGCACCAGCACGGGCUGCACGGUGGCCACUUCGGUACGGUUCACAACGGUAAUGGCAACAACAACAACAACAACAACAACAACCACUACAACUAUAACAAUCAUAAUGGUGGUUACCACGGAAACGGAAACGGCGACUAUCUGGCCGCUUCGGUAUCGUCGCCCGUCGACAACAUUCUGAUCAGCAUGAAUGGCGACGGAAACGGGGCGGACGCGGCGAUCGAGUACGGAGGCUUCUACGACAAUGCGGUCGAACGUCAAAUCGGUUCUGAUGAUAUCGAAGAAAAGGAAGCCGAGAUGAGCUUCAUCCAUUUUCAGAGUACCUGCCACUUAGCCCUCGAUGCAUGCCGGGACGAUCAGGUUUGUUCCAGUGCGUUGAAAACAGUGUUGAUGCACUGCGAACUUCAUCGCUGUAACCGGAAUGCUUGCAUGGAGUCACUGCAAAGCUUCUACAAGGGUAUUCACGACGAUCUGAGCUUAGAUAUUGCCUUCUGUUUGUGCAGAAAAACACCCAAUCGUCAUGACAGCUGCAUGAUAGCUCAGGAGAAACUGCAUCCAGCCUGUGCUCAGCGGCCGCCGGAAAAUAUUGGACCGCAGAGUACGAACGGUUUGGUCUAUGGUCCCCCACCAUCCUGUCAUACGGUUGCCGAAUUGUGUCGCGAAGACGAGGACUGCCGUGCUCGGCUGGAAGUAUUCGAGCAGUCCUGCGCGGUGGAUAGCGUUACAAAAAAGUGUGCUGGAAAAACUAGCGCUUGCAGGCAAGCUAUGCUAGGCAUUCUCGGUACUCCACUGCGAACGAACUGCGCUUGUCAAGGUUCAGAUCUACAGCAGCUGUACGAUUGUCUCGGAUGGCAGCGUUUGCUCUGGCUUAAUCCUUGCGUCGUCGAAUCGCAGAAAGACUUUCACCUGAAAAGGUUGGCAGAGCUGGGUCUACUAACGACAACUACCACUACGACGAUGGCGACGACAACUACAGUGCGAACUACACGUGCAACGCACCCUCCAACAUUGCCGCCAACCAAACCCAAACCUAUCCACCGUCCCAAGCCAACCGAAAUGCAGCCAUUCGUGACGAACUACAUCGACACACCGGACACCCAGCCGAAGACGUUGAUACACAAAGGAAACGAACUGAUCGUGCGGACCGAUCUGGAUCCGCACCCGGACGAGUACGAUACCAACGGAAAGCACCACCUGCUACCGGAGGAGGACGAUCAUGACGAGCUGCCGCUGCCGAACGGUGGAAACAACCGAAUCAACCAACGACCGGACGAGCAGGUCCUGCUAAUGCUGACGACAGAACUGGUGGAACCGGAGACGUUUCCACCGACAACUACCACCACGACAACCACGGAACCGACCACAACACCGGUGCCGAUUCGAUACUGCGUGGUUCAGCGCUCGCAUCAAUCGGACCAGCUGAUCGCCGAAGGCAAGAGUCGUCGGCUCUACAUGCUAGACGAUGCAGAAUGCAGUGAGCUGUGCACCUGUGGUGGCGGUGAUUCGCUCGCUCUGACCUGCCAUGCGUUGUGCGUUCCGCUGGCACCUUGCCGAACGUCACUGGCAUACUACAGUCACGCGGCGCCAGCUUACCAAGCUUUCCGGGGUCGCUGCCUGUGCUAUUCGGGUCGUUUUAUCUGCAUGCGUCCACCGCCGGGAGAAUACUCAUUGCCAGGUGGAAUAUUUCUGUUGCUAGGUUAUAGUUCUACGGACGAAGCACUGUUAAGACCUCACACUAAUCUAGGCAUUCAGGAUGCGGUCCGAGCAUUGCAGCAGUACGUGCUGCAGCACAUCAACAAUGAGACUUCUUGUACAUUAACACUGUUCAAUAUCACUGAAGAAAACAUCAUCCUAUCGAUAAGGCUACCCCAUGAUCCUAAACUUAGCAGUAUGGAGUUGCUGAGGCUGGAGAAGGACCACUGUACAAAAAUCCUCGAAACCAUCAGUCACCAGAUCAACACCCAGCACGUCGAGAUGUCCGCCCACCGUCUGCUGAGCAUUUUCAAGAUGGCCGAAGUGCAGGUGGUCUGGCCGGAGGUGAGCCGCGCCGGACUCCGGUGCCACGGUCACCACCGGUACAAUCUGCUCGCUCUGAUACUACCGCUGGCUGCCGUUCCGUUCGUGCGGUGGCGACAGCAGCUGUCACGGGGCCCGAUUACGUGA